AUGUCCGGUGAAGAGAAUAAUCCAACUGAUGAUUCAAUAACAAAGCCGUUAAUAGCAGAAACAAAAAUAUGUUCGAUUUGCUUAUUGAGUGGAAGUACAGACGAUAAUGAUCCAAUUGUUUAUUGUGAUCGUUGUGGAGUUAUUGUUCAUGAAAGUUGUUAUAAUGCAGAUACAUUAGAUGAUAAAUCAUCAGAUUCAUCAUCACCAUCGGAAUAUUGGUUUUGUACACCUUGUUUAGCACAUGUUGAUGAUCCAACAUGUUCUUUAUGUCCAACGAAAGAUCGUUGUCAGGCAUUUUGGCCAACAUUAGAAUCAACUUGGGUUCAUGUUGUUUGUGCACUUGGUGUUCCAGGAGUUUUAUAUUAUGAUGAACUUUAUUAUACACCUGUAGAUUUAUCAAAUAUUCCAUCACAAAAAUUUGGAAAUAAGUCAUGUCAUGUAUGUGAAUCACGAUCAGGUGUAGCUGUUUCAUGUGAUGCUGGUUUAUGUCCAAAUGCAUUUCAUUUAUCAUGUGCAAAUAAAAAUGGUUUAUUACAAAUUCGAGGCGAAUUGUCAAAAAUCGAAUGUGAAUUAUAUUGUGUAACUCAUCAAUCAUUAUCAAAUACAUAUAAAACAGUUCAAAGAAAUUAUACAAUCUGUGAAGUACAACAAAAACAAUUAGAUCAUAGAGAUCAACUAAAUAAAGAAAUUUCUCAAAUAUUAACUGAUCAUUGGUCUGUAUAUAAAAAACGUAGUGAAUCAUUUCCACGAUUACCAAAACCUGCUAAAAGUCAUGUUGCACGAUCAUUAAUGGUUGAUCCAGUAGCAUUAAAAAAUUUUUUUGAAAAAGCUCAACGUCUCCGUCCUAAUCAAUCGACAACAUUACCAAAUAAUUUUGAUCUCACAUCAACAGAUACAAAUGCUCUUCUUGCAUUUACAGCAAAUGAAGAAGAACUUAGUCAGAUUCGAGAACGUAUUACAGAAGCAGAAAAUAAACUUACUCAAUUAGAAUCAUCUUCAAGUGAUCAACAAUUAAAAGAAGAACAUAAAAAACUUGAAAUUGAACUUAAAAAAGAGUAUGAAACAUUGUCGUCUUUAACUGAACGAUAUAAUGAAUUUAUUGAAAUAUUUAAACUUUAUAAUUGUCAAUUAAAAGAUGAUACAAUAAAUCAUUUAUCAAAUAUUAAAUUUCCACAAUUAUCUUCAACAAUAACAACAACAGAUAAUGAUAGUUGUUCAGUAUGUAAACAAACUGAUCGAUCAAAUCAAAUGAUAAAAUGUUGUCAAUGUCAUUUAGCAUUUCAUGGUGAUUGUUUAACACCAGCAAUGCCUGCUAAAACAUUAUCAGUUAUGUUAUCAGCUAGUAAAAAAUAUGAUUGGCAAUGUGCUUCUUGUGUUAAUGCACAACAAGAAGAACUUGAUCAAUGUAAUGUUAAUGUUGAUGAACCUCGUCAAAUACGACCAAGACGUACAAAUGAACUUGUUUUACGUGAAACAGUUAUUAAAUUUGGUUCAAGAAAACGAAAACAAGAACCAAGUGCAAACAAUAAUAAUAAUGAUAUUCAUGAAGAAGAAAAAACAAAUAAUAAAAGAACAAAAACAUUAACAGAUGAAUCAAAUGUUAAAUCAAAACAAACAAAUUCAAGUGCUGAUACAUCACCAUCAAAAGAAACAAUAAGUACAAAACGAGAUGAUGAAAAACCAACGACGAGUAAAAGUCGAACAUCAGUUAUUAAACAAUUAUUUACUAGAAAAACAACUGAUUUUACUCCAGAACCAGUACCAAAACGAACUUCUUCGUCAGCAAGAAAAAGUUCUACUACUCCAAAGUCUCCUCGAAUAUCAAUUACAAAAUCAUCACCAAAAAAAUCCAAUGUUUCACCAGUAACUCCUGCUCGAUCAAAAUCAUUAAUUAUUGAACGUCGAACACCAACAAUUUUUAAACAAAAAGCUGUAUCAUUUCCAAUAACAAAACCUGAAAAGAAAAGACGUAAAACAACAAAAGAUCCAAUGUCAAUAUUUGAUUUUGAUGAUGAUGAAAAUGCCAAUGGUACUAUUGAACUUCAUUCAUUAAUAACAACGAAUGAUAAUGAAAAAAAAAUAAAAAAACGAAAAAAAGAAAAUGAUCAUGAAGAAAAACAAGAUAUUAAACCAAAUCGAAAGAGUAAACGUUCAACAGUAGUUAUUUCAAAUAAUAUUCCAUCUGAUGCUCGAUGUAAAGAAUGUUCAAAUCAAGGAACAAAUCAAACAAUGACUGAUUGUGAUCAAUGUAAAAAUUAUUAUCAUUUUGCUUGUUGUAUUCCUCCAUUAUCGUCUUUUCCAAAACGACGUAAUUAUGGUUGGACAUGUCAUCGAUGUAAUGAUGAUAAUGAACGUGAAACAUCAAAUGAAAAUAUUAUUACAUCGCCAUCAAAGAGUUCACGACGAGAACGUAGAAGUCGUAAUCCAUACGAUGAAAAGGAAUCUUCAAUUUAA